CAAGUGUUCAUGCAUACGUCAAACACAGCUGACCAUUCGCAGCAUUAUCCCCACAGCUGGCCACCCACAGCAGCAACGUAGUUUUGUUUCUCUGCGGUUUUGUGACCAAGUUUUUUGUUUGCCUCAUAAACCAACCGGGGGUUAAUUAAUUUCAUGAACUGUUGAGCAUUUGAUUGACAGGAAGCCAAACAAAGUGGUGGUUUUCGGGUGCCGCUCUGCCAUAUCAUCCACUGAUAAGAGUGACGAAGUGUGGCGAUCUCCUGUGUGAACUUUUCGUGCCAAAAAACUGACCACCCAAAACGACGUGCGCACGAUGACAGGGGUGGCGCUAAGAUUUUGUGCGAAUUUGAAUUUCAUGUUCCUGGAGGCUGGCUCAUUUCUCGACCGGUACCGUGCCGCAAAAUCGGCCGGUUUCGAUGGGGUUGAAGGACCGUUUCCACCGUCGGAAGUUGCGCUAGAAUCGUUGGUGGCGGUACAAAAAGAAACUGGAUUGAAACAAAUUCUUAUGAACAUUGCGUUGGGCGAUGUACCAGGCGGUCAGUUUGGAUGUGCCGCGCUGCCUGGCUGGGAGUCGGAGUUUCUUGUAAAUCUCGAACGUACCGUUGAAUACGCCAAGGCUGUCGGUUGUGGGAAAAUACACAUAAUGGCGGGUAAGUUGGACGGCCCGGCAACGGAAGUACACGACCGGACCUACCUUGCUAAUCUGCGAGUCGCAGCACCGAUCCUUGAACGGAACAACAUUGUCGGUGUAAUCGAACCCAUCAACAAAUAUGCCGUGCCUGGAUAUUACCUCGCCUGUUACGAUAAGGCUGUACAGAUGAUCACCGCCGUCGGCAGUUCGAACGUGAAGCUAAUGCUAGACCUCUACCACGCGCAGCACAUUCGAGGCGACAUCUCGAACAGCAUCCGUGCGCUGGCGUCCUACAUCGGUCACGUACAGCUGGCCCAGGUGCCGGGCCGAAACGAACCGGACAGUGCGGGUGAACUAAACUUCCGAUACGUCCUGGAAGUAUUGGCGACCGAAGGCCGGUACGCUGAUGGGUGGGUUGGGUGCGAGUAUCGCCCGAUGGCCGGUACAGUCGAAGGACUUCGCUGGUUGCGUGACUUUGGCUACUGGCAGUGACUUUGAAUGCCCCCAGGGUGGUGGGUCAAGCGAUGUCAACAUUAUGCAUAAGAAAUGUGAUCAAAUAGACGGGACCGGGUGUACUUUGGGUAAAA